AUGCGUCUGAGCUACUGUUUACCACAAGAAAUUAAAAGAAUUUUCUUCUUCUUAGACAUGUCGACUAAUGAUAAUAAUGUACCGCAUAAAGAAAGUUUAAUGCAUGAAAUAAAUGCCCUGUUCGCUCCACCAACAAAUGAAACCUAUGGUAAAAAAGGCUCACUUGGUAUGCCUCCAAUUCGUCGUGGACGUAAAAAUAAUGAAUCAGCUUCUACCAGCACAGAAACAAGCACACCCAGUGUAGCUGCUAAUCACCAACAACAACUACCUCGUGGUACACUGGCGAGAAAUGAUCCAUUCUGGAAGAAACCACGAGCUAAUUGUCACGAGUAUUGUGAUAGUUGUGGUUGUAUUGAAGGCGAACGACUUGUGUGUGAUCGAUGUCCGGCCAGCUUUCAUUUGGAAUGUUUGGAUCCACCUUUAGAUCCUGAUGAAGCACCUGUUGGCGUUUGGUAUUGUCAUCGAUGCUCAAUGCUGAUAAAAGAUGAAGAAGAUAAAGCUUCAUCAUCAAGUAGUCAAACCACUAUUGCUACUGAAACAGGUUCUUCUUCACGUUCUGGUAGAGGAGGAGGAGGAGGUCAAAAACGCCAAAAAGAUCAUCCAUCGUCUUCUGCAUCCUCCUCCUCGUCAUCUUCAGUAUCCUCUUCAACAGCUACAACUUCAACAACCACAGUCGUGACUGUGGGUGUAGGUGUACAAUCCAAUUCAACUGGUACAUCUGUCGUCAGUAAUAAUGCUAGCAACGCGAGUAGUCAUAGUAAUAGUAAUAAUAAUAAUACUAUUACUAGUAGUCAUUCUCUUCAUACACAAGGUUCAUUACAACAAUUUCUACAAUCUCAAAAAAGUAAACGUCAUUAUGCAUUUCGUUCAGCUGCUGCUGUAAGCGAACAAAAUAACCUGGUUGGUAGUGGUGGCGGUAGCGGUGGUGGUGGUGGUGGUCGUGCUGGUAGAUCUAGCCGAUCAAGUACAUGGGGCGACUCAGCUUAUGUUGCUGAUAUUGAAGAAUCUGAAUUAAGAUCAUUAUGGGAAGUGAUUGAGUAUGCUCAAUAUCAAAAUCCAAAAGAAUUUGAACUGCCAAAAGACUUGAUGCCUAGUGUAAAACUUCCUGGUUCAUAUAAAACUUUAACGGAACGGAAAAAUAAGGGUAUUAUUGAACUGGAGAACGGUAUGGUGCCAGAACCUAUAAGACGUUGUUAUGUUUGUAUUAGGACAUGUUUCUAUGCGCCUUUACUACCGUGUGAUUAUUGUAAUGCAUGUUUUCAUUUGGAGUGUCUGGAUCCACCAUUGUCACAUUUCCCACCACGUUCUGAUAGAUGGAUGUGUCCAAAUCAUACAGAGCAUACAACAGAACGUUAUCUAGCUCGAUCGAUAUGUUUAACGGAAAGAAUGAAAUUAUGGACCAAGUUAUAUAAGAAUAUUGAUGGUAACACUAGUAGUGAUAAUAAUAAUGAUCGAUCUAUGGAACCUGAUGAAAUGACACAAAUACUUGAACAUAUCCCCCCGUAUGAACUCACGUAUACACCAGAUGAAGAGAGUGUUAUCCUCGCCGAUUUGAUGCGUACUGUACAAAGAUGUAGAAAUGAAAUAGACCAGGAGAAAGCGCAAGAAGAAGAGGCCGAUGAAGACAAACGAAGGGAUUUAUCGAAUACAGCUAUUUCAAGUCUUUUAGAUACUGUCCUGUAUGAUGCUAAAGAUAAAAGACAGAUAUUGGAUAACCGUCAUAUAUGGCGAUUGAAUAGACGUCUAGGUGCUAGACGAAGAAAUAAUCGAGGCUUUGAUAAACAUAUGAGAAUUGUUAUACCAAAAGCAGUGAAAUCUUUAUAUAAUAAUCCGGUGAAAAAAAUUCCCCGUAUGAAUGAACCAUCAUUGUCUCCUACAUCGCAUUUAUCGCCUAUGACAGAUACUGCAUCAACUGACGAGGAAAAAAGUACAUUUGUUCGUGGUCUGUUACAAUUCUAUCUACAAAAUAAACUGAAUAUGCUCCCUGAUGAUAAAGAUUCAGCGCUGACAACAACAACAACAACAACAGCUAUCACCAGUACUGACACUACUUCAACAAGAACAACUCAACCGACAUUAUCAACAAUAACCUCAACUAAUAGUAAUGAUGACAAUAUUGUCAGUGAUGAUAAGUCAGCGAUAGAUGCAAUGGAAACAAGCGAAAGCUUACUGAUGCCAUCAUCGUCUUCAUCAUCAUUACAACCUCCAAAGUUAUCGCUGCAAGCCUCAUCGUCGAUAUCAUGCGGCUAUGAUGAUGAUGAUGGGGCAUUCGAAAAAUCAAGGAAUUAUUAUUCUCGUGGAGGUGACAUGAGUAAUUUGUACAAUACUACGACUACUUUCAUUAAGUCAGACAGUGAUGGCAGUGUGGAUAUCAGAUCGGCCCAUGAUGCAAUACCUUCCAAGUUGGCGUGUCUAGAUCCUCAGUUAGUAUACAUAUUAGCAGCACAACGUAUACGUGAUCUCUUCGGUAUCAACUGUAAUGAUGCAAUUGACGGCUUAAAAAUGAUAUGCAAUUCCUCUGUGCCCUCAACAACGCUUGACACUAAACACCUUGACAAUAUUGAUGUGGGCAGUGAUCAAAAGAUGAAGAUGAUAAUGAUGAAUCGGAAAAGGCAUUUUUCUUCUUUUUCUACUUCAAAAAUUUCAGAAAGUUGUAUACGUACUAGAGCUAUCCUAUCACCAUGUUAUGGAACUAACGGGAAUGAAAUUCCAAUGCGCUAUAGACAGUUAACUAUCGGUACAUCUCCAGACUGUCAUCUCUGUCUAGCCAAUUACAGUUUGUCGCCUGUAUCAUUACCGAUAGAAAAUGAAUGUCGUUUUAUAUCUCCACAUCAUGCUACAAUCUUCUAUGAUGAUUGGACUCAACAUUAUGAAUUGAUUAAUUAUAGUGAAUAUGGUACACGUGUCGAUGGAAUUAUGUAUGGGAAUGAUAUUGAUAGAAAGCCGAUUUAUAUACCUGAGUCAUCAAAUCUGGUUCGUCGAGUACGCAAUCUUUUAAAAAGUGCUCCAGAUGAGUUAUUGCCUAAUCAUCAAAUGUCAUCUGUAUCAGGACUUUGUUCUUCACCUCCUAAACGUGUAAUGAUGUUGAGUAAACGUCAUGAGCAUAUAUCCCACAUGACAUCUUUAUGUGAAUGUACAAGUUUAUGUCUUGGCGUUGGUCCUAAACUUAAUCCCGGUGCCACUGUUACUACUCCUACUCUUGAUGACGAUGAUGAUGAUGAAUGUCAUGAUGGGAAUCCUCCCCAGAAUACUAUUGACCGUUAUCAUCAGUCUGGUAAGUUGGAGACGACGAUGACGAUGACAACAACAACAACACCAUCAGCAGAGAUGAUAUCCGGUUGGGAAGGGCCAGCUAUCCUAAGACAUGGAUCAGUCAUUCAAUUCGGUUGUUAUAAAUUUGUCUUUGGUUUAAUCGAUCAUUCUUUACCAACACUAUCGCAUCCUUCAUCGAACAAUCUUGACUCGUCUUUAUUCCCAAUUGGAGGAACAAUAACAACAACACCAACAACCAUAACAGCUGACAUCGACAAAACUACCAGUGCAUUACGCGAAUCGAAAGGUUUGUUAAACUUAACUGAAAUGAAUCACCUACUUGAUGAUUAAUAUAUUUUUUGUAUUGUCAUUCUAUGACUCUCCUUUCUUCCUUCCUUCCUUCCUAUGAAUGUGAAUAUAUACAUGUAUUACUUACUACUAAUCACAGCAUUGUAUACGUGUGUUCAUAACCAGAUUUAUUAUCAUUAUUAUUAUUAUUA